CCAAUUCCGAGGGCACCGGGCUAGGGAUGGGCUGAGCCACGAGGUCUGGACCACAGCGCCCAGGAUGCACUGCGAUCAUGGGGAUUUCCAUCAUGUCGGCUAUCAGGAGUAGCAACAGCAGCAGCGGCAGCGAGGAGGAGGAUUUGGGGCGCCUCCGGGAGGCUGCCUGGGACCCGGUGCUACAGCGAGCAGCAGCAGCGGCCCUGCUGGUGCCCAAAGGCGGUAGGGAGAGCCCUGAGCGGCAGGCCUGCCAGCACCUUCCUCUCUCUAGAUAGAAACUUUACCCAUCCCAAAAGAAGCCCUGCAGGAAACCCAUUUUUGUGUGUGCCAGAAAUAGGGCUGUAUCCAGUUGAUUUCUUAAAGCCAGGAAUGGGGCACCUGCAUCUUCCUUGGACUGCAACCCCUAUCAUCACUGGCUGGCGCUGAUAGGGGCUGGGCGCUCCAAAAGCCAACGGCCACAUAUACCUGCCUUAGACUGAUGGAUAAGAAGCCUUUAAAGUCAAUUAAAGAUUGGCUCGAGGCACGUGACUCAGAACAAUGAUCCACAAAGGUUUUGAUGCUUUUUUGCAGCACCAACAAAAAUCUGUCAGAAAUCAAUCUUUUCGUGUAGCAGCACUAACGCUUUGGAACAUCACUGUAUUCUUACUCUUCGACACCUGCUAAGAACAUUUUCAUUUAGGCAAGCCUAGCUCAAUAUCUAGAACACUGGUGUGUUUUUAGUUUGUUGCUGGUUUUAAUUUUUUUAAUAAUUGCUUUUGCUAAUAAUUUUAUUGCAUUAUUCUUUUUGUAAACUGCUUUUGUAAAGGGCUCGCUAAUGAAUUUGAAUUAACUUCGCUUUCAUGUUGGGCCUAAUUGUUAACUUUUUGCAGGUAACUUUAAGAAGAGCAAGUUGCCAUCCGCUGAACUUAGCAUCAGGUAACUUUGCUUUUUUGAAAGUUUACUGAGCGUUGUGUUCUGUUCUACUAGAAACUAAAAUUUGAGCUACAUAGCCAUAAGAAUCAUGUGGUACAUUGCCACUUAUGUGACGGUUUGGUUCCAGGGGUCUGCAUGCAAAGGCAAAAUUGUGCAAAGUCAAGAACCCCUGGUAAUCAAGUUUUUAUUGAGGAUAAAGAUAUAUAAUAAGAACAAGGGAAUACUCUAUUCCAAGGAAAUACUCUGUUCCACAACUGUUUCCAUUCUUUUUGACAUGUUUUAGCCCCAAGAGGCUCUCACCAGGCAUGCUGGUCUAAAUGCAUCCCUGAGUCCUCUGCCAGAAAGCUGGUCAUAAUUCUAGGUUUAAUUAUGCUUUUCUCCAAUUUACCCAGGGGUAGGAUAGCAGGACUGUACUUACCUAGAUCUUAAAACAAAAACAAAAACAAAAAAACCCUAGGUGAGUUAUAAGUCUGUUUCUCAUACCUCCGUGUCAUGUAUUGGGCAACCUGAAUUGGUGCCAAAUGUGUUUAUAUAAGAUCUUUGGCUUCUCUGCUUGGCAUUCGCACUGAGGCCAUAACUCAGAUCUUUCAUACUGCACAGCCCUCUGGCUGGCUCAUUACAGUUUUCAGGAUCUGAUUCCAGCUUCUUCUUUUCAAGGCAAAGGGAACUGUUUGCUACAAACUUCCAAGAUAAUUUAGUAGUUUAUUCUCUUUAAACAGAGAGAAGGUCUCCGAUCACGGGCAGGAUGGGAAUGAGCUGCAGACCACUCCAGAAUUCCGAGCUCAUGUUGCAAAGAAAUUGGGAGCAAUUUUGGACAGGUAUAUGUUCUCAAAGGUGUGACAUUGAUGCUCCUUGAGCCCUUCCCCCAGAUAAAAGAGGGUUCAUAUUUUCUGGAGAGUUCUAAGUAGAAAUUGCUUUGGUGCAGAAAUUCUUCAGGACACACCCAGUGCUCCAGAUUAAAGGCAGAUGCUAAAGCACUGACAUCACAUGAUCAUGAAUUUUUAAAACCAUUAUCAAAGCCAGCCCCAAGUUUAAUGCACUUCAGUCAUCCAGGUCAUGGAUAACUAGCAUAUCAAGGAACAAAUAAAAAGCUUUUUGAAAAAAUAAAAAUAAAAAAGCAACUUUGUAAAAUUAAAUUAAAGCGUUAGAACAUAAACUCCUGUCUUUUUUUUUUUUUACUUUUGUUUGAGGGAGGAAGGGAGGGGCAGGUCAUGCAAUCACAGGCAUGCUAAAAUCCUGGACUAAAAAAUUACUUCCACUCCAGGUGAGAGGGAAAAAUAGCUAUGAAAGAAACCAGGAAGUUCCAUCUCUGGGCAACUGUGACUACAUCUAGGAUUUACUGUCUCUGUGGGUAUUAUUGCUGCUUCCUGGUCAAUCCUAGCUGACUGCAGCAGGGAGUUUCCCCAUAACAGGUGGGUGGAAUAAUGCCUGCACAUUUCAGCUCUGGUUUUACAAUCACAGAAUUACAGAACUGGAAGGGUUCCAAAGGGACAUCUAGUCCAACCCCCUACAAUGCAGGAAUCAGAGCUAAAGACUUGCUUCUUUAAAAACAAAAACAAAAAACAAGCAUGAUAAUGAAAACUGGGAAUCUGGACUGGCAAAUGAGUACAGUGGUGCCCCGCAAGACGAAUGCCUCGCAAGACGAAAAACUCGCUAGACAAAAGAGUUUUCCGUUUUUUGAGUCGUUCCGCAAGACGACUUUCCCUAUGGGCUUGCUUCGCAAGACGAAACGUCUUGCGAGUUCUUGCGAGUUUGUUUCCUUUUUCUUAAAGCCGCUAAGCCGUUAAUAGCCGCUAAGCCGCUAAUAGCCGCUUAGCCGCUAAGCCGCUAAUAGCCGUGCUUCGCAAGACGAAAAAACCGCAAGACGAAGAGACUCGCGGAACGGAUUAAUUUCGUCUUGCGAGGCACUACUGUACCAGAUUGUCUGGCCAAAACCUAACCAACCAAUGAGUCUCCUAGGCUUGCUGUAUCAUUUGUGUCAUGCCAGUAUUUUAACAUGACCCCUGGUUUCCCUUAUCGUUGUGCAAAUGUAAUUCUUUCUUUUAGCUCCAUUACUAUUUUGAAGCGUUCUCCAGAACCUGCACAGGACAAUUUGCAGUCCUCAGAGACUGAAGACGAUGGUGAGUGGGUUCUCUGCAUAAUCUAAAAUGCUUUAUAUCAAUUUAAGUGUUGCUUUGAUUCUUUGUGUAUGUGCAUUCUAAACUUGUUGUGUCAGGAACUCUGGAGUUUGAAGCAAGGACCUUGGAGCCUGAGGCUGUGUAUCCUCAAACCUCAAAUAUUUUAUUGUUAGGUUUUUGUGUUUAUUAGUCACAUUUUUGUAGUUGGGUGUCUCAAAGCAACUUCCACAAUAAAAAUAGAAAGAACUAAUACAUUAAAACCAAGUAGGAAAACAACAAUACCACCAAACUAAAAUACUUUUUUUUUUUAAUGAUAUUUAUUAAAAUUUUCAAAAGAUACAAAAAUUACACAAAAACAAAGAGUAAAAGUACAAAAAAUAAAAAUAGAAAAAAAUAGAAAAUACAGAAAAAAGAAUAAAGAAGAAACAAAACAAGUUCAUUAUUUUCAGACCCUUAACUGUCAUUACCUUCUUUCUUAGACCUCCUCCUCCUCCCUUCCUUUGUAUUCUAGUUAUUAAUUAUCCCAGCAAAUCCUUUCCCCAUGUUUCAUAAAAUUCUAUCAUUACAUUAUCCUCGAUUAAUUUAAUCCUAUCUUUCUAAAAUAAAGUAAACCUUAUAGUUUAAAACUUAAGUCUUAACCUUACCAGCUUCUUGUGAUCAUAAUAUUCUUUCAUAAUUCUUUAUGCAUCUUUACUAAAGCCAGGUAAUUUCUUCCAACAUUUUUCUAUCAUUCAUCAACUUUGUAAAACAUUCUAAUAAUAAAAGAAGAGAAAGAGAGAUAUAAACAAGUCCAAUCUUUAUCCAGCGUCCCUUUCUCCUGGUUCCGGGAUUUGUCAGUCCUUAUUAACCCGGUAACCUUAUGUCCGAGGCCCUCAAGUCACUUCCAUGGCCCUUCCGCAGCUCUUCUUCAUACUUAUAACUGUAAUUUCCCUUAUCUCCUCGUGAUAACUCCAGCUUGACAAUGUCUCUUGCUCGUGGUAACUCCAGCUUAGUAAUGUUUUUAACCCUUCUCGUCAGAUCAGACCCUUUUCCAUAUUCAUCGCUGCAUUCCAUGUAGUAUUUAAAAGCAUGUUUCAAGGGCCCUCCAAAUUUGAGAGCCCCCACAGUCCCAAACAUAUCGCAGCCCAUUGCCAUAUUUAAAAAGUCCAGACAUCCCAGCAUAGGGGGGUCAAUCCAGCCCCCCAUUUCCAAGCCACACCGAACUUUCCCUUUCCAGAUCUGGCUUUUUCCAAGUUCAUUUGUCCAGUCCGAAGGAUCAUACUCCUGUUGGGUCUGUUCUGUCAAAACACACUCCUGAUUUACUGCCCCAAACUCCUGUUCUGUCAAAACACACUCCUGGUUUGAAUCCUGAGUAGGCUCCACAUAUUUUCCCACAGUCUGAUCAAGACAUUCCACUGCCUGUUUAAGAUUUCUAGUCGAAAUGGCCAUCCGGUUCACCUUAUCAUGUAAUUCUUCCAGUAGAGCAUUUGUUUUGUAAAGAACGCGCACCAAGGUUUCUGAAAACAUUGUUCUGCACAAUCAAACACUUUCCCACGGUUAUUUUGUAACAGAUGUCAAUUCCCUGGAGUUAGUUACAGUUUCAAAAGCUCCCCCUAGGGGGAAGACUUAUAUUUAUUUUUGCUACAAAGUUUCCCUUUUUUUCCCCAAAAUACAUAGGAUACUUUGUCCAUAUAUAUUCCUUUAGAGUGCGAAAGGGAACAGUAGAAUCACAAAAUUUCUCUUCUUUUAGCUGUCUGUCAAAAAACAAUUAUCUUGGUAAACUCACGUCAGUCCUGACACCCCCGCUCCAGGAUCAGGACGGAGGAAAAUAACUUCCUUUUGCAGUUACUUCAAAUAGUCCAAAAAAAUAUUCCCAAUUUAAAAUGUUGAAAUCAUUCUUUUAAAAACGAUUUUCUGAGCUCUAGUGUGAAUUGCCUUUGCUUUGUUCUAUUUACAAAAGAACGGAAGGGUGACUUCCUGUUUAGCCCUUCCCGCUCCGUACCAAAUUCAAUAGAUUUUUUUUAUAGUCCGAUUCUGUCCUUUUCACAAAUCUUUAUUUAAUAUCCCAUUUGUUCAAAUUCUAAGUACUCACGGGUGUUUGUUUUAAAGUCCAAAUUGUCCCAGGAAAGAAGGCAGCGCUCUCCGGCAGCAGCUAUGCGGCUUUGCUCCACGGAAAUAGCGAUUGACUCACAGCACCACGCCGCUUCCCCCUCCUCACUUCAGAGCCCGUUAGUGGGUUCCUUAGCGGAUUGGGGGGGCGCUAAAGGUGCCCGCCGAGUCCCACGGUCACAGGCUUCAUCUGCCUGUGAUUUGAAGGGGUCCCCGCUUCGCCGUAGCGGAGUAGACCCUGUUUACCGCGGAGCCAGUCCCUCCAGUUCAGAGGGAGUCCGCCAUUGCCGGUGGCGCCACCCCGGAAGUCCACCAAACUAAAAUACUAACCCAGCAAUAUAUUUUAAAAGAACAAGUCCUUUCCUGCCCCACUUAAAGGAUGAGCACAAAUCUUGUUAAGUACCUUCCCAAUCAAAAAUUAAAAAGGCUUGGUAAACAAGUGUCUUCUUGACUGUUGCCUAAAGACAGACAACAAUAGCACCAGGCAUUCUUCCCUGGUAAGACCAUUCCAAAGGUAGGGAGCCACCACUGAAAAGGCCAGUUCUGUGCCACCACCCUCCAUGCCACAGAAGACUUGGCCUCUGACGGCAAACACAGUACUCUGUGGAACACACUUCAGGCACAGUAAGGGAUAGGUGUAUGCAACACCAGGCUCUCAGAUUGACAGGCAGUAUGAAGCCCCUGGUUUGGUGAGGCCUGGUAGAAUUCCAAGAAGCCAUACCUGCUGCCCUGCUGGUUAACAGAGCGAGGACCACUUGCACUCCCAGCCUCUCGCUCUAAUACAGUGGUACCUCUGGAUGCGAAUGGGAUCCGUUCCAGAGCCCCGUUCGCAUCCUGAGCAGAAUGCAACCUGCGUCUGCAGGUCGCAAUUCGCCGCUUCUGCGCAUGCGCAUGACGUCAUUUUGAGCGUCUGCGCUUGCGCGAGCGGCAAAACCUGAAAGUAACCCAUUCCGUUACUUCUGGGUUGCCACGGAAUGCAACCUGAAAAUGCUCAACCUGAAGCGUCUUUAACCCGAGGUAUGACUGUAGUCUUUAUUAUUAUUUUUAUUAUUUAUUAACUUUAUAUACUGUCCUUCAUCCAAAGAUCACAGGGUGGCUCACAGCACAAAAAUAGAAGACGAAAACACAAAAUGUCUAGUUGGGUUGGAGAACUUGCAUUCCUACAUGUCCUUUGGAUAUGCGGUCCUGGUGUGACCCCAACACAGAAGGUGCCCUAAUAACUUCCCCGCUUUUCUUCCAAUGUCUUAGGCUUCCGCCUCUUCUCCUCAUCAGUGCCAGGAGACUGUGGGGAGCCAGAACCUCAGGCUGUGGGAAGGCAGCGACAGCGGUACUGCAGCUCCAGGUGAGAUGCUGCUCUGGCAGGUGUGCAUGACAGAGGUGGAACUGGCCAGCCAGGCAGCUGGCUUAGAGGCUGCAGCUGAUGACAGGACUCAUCUCUGAUGGGGAGGUCUGGCAUUUUACACAUCCUGCAGCAGGUGGUGGGGAUCCCAGGUCGCCCACCCAGCUGUGUCCGACCCUUGCGAUGCUCCCAAGGCUACCCCCUCCCUUCCCCAGCACUUGGGAUUCCCAGGUGUGUCGAUAGUGAUUAAUUUAUAAUAAGCAUGGCUAGUAGUCAUCCAUAACCCUCUUCUCCGUGAAUUGGUCUGAUCCUCUUUUUAAAGCCAUCUUAAGUUGGUGGCCGCUGCCGCAUAUCGCAGGAGCGAAUUCCAAGGUUUUAACUCUACCACCGUUUUGCCUGUAACUCUUUCCAGUGAGCAGGACAGUGACGAAGAAUGGCAGAGGUGCCAGGAAGCCACGGUGACAGCAGCAGACAUCCUGAAACAUAGCGGCCUCCCAGCAGUACUCCAGAAUUCCAGCCAGGACCACCACUGCCCGGCCACGGAGCCCAGCCAGAAGAAGAAAAGGAGGAAAAAGAAGGCAAAAAUGAAUGGCGAGAACAGCAAUGAGCAGGAGGCCAGAGAAGGAGCAUGUCAUGGGACUGAAGGGCCCUCGGGCUUCGAUGGAGCAAGCAGGAGAGGAGAGAAUGCGAGUACGGAGGAUAUGGCAGUGAUGAAGAAGAGGAAGAAGAAGAAGAAAAGGGGGAAAGUGGAAAUAAGGAUGGAGUGAUGUUUUACAAACACUUGGUACUAGGAAGAGCUACCUGAUGUGGCUCUUGAUUGGUCUGACCUGCAUUGAAGGAAACACAGUUGAAUUUUAUAUUUUAUGGAAUCAAAGAACUUAGUUUGGCACUCCCUGCCGCGAGGGAUGCCCUGUAAAAACGCAGAGGAAACUCCCCAUGUUACAGAGAAUGAGGACUUGUUGGAGCUGCUUACUGGACUGCUCAGGUGGGCAGUGGGUGGGUAAGACAUCCGUGGAUGGCUCUCCUGGGUCCCUUUUCCCCCCCCUUGGGCCUGCGCAGCUUGUGACCUCCCAGGCUGCCUACUAGCCAUGGAUCCAGUUCUCCCAAGUGCUCGACAAAUCUCUCUACUUUUAUAUUCUCAAGCCACAAAACCAAGAGGUUCAUCGGGGCCCCUGCUCAGCUCAGCUGCCCCAUGUGGCCAGUGGGCUAUGAUCAACUUGGUGGGCAGGCUGAACAGAGCUCGUCAUCGUCAAACACUGAUAAUAGCAGUGGAUGGGUGCCUUCCUGACAGGCAUGUCACAGUUUGAUGCAGACUGAUUCCAUCUCCCCUGUAAUGUCGUCUCAGGGAUAUUUCUUUUUUAAAAAAAUAAUAAAUUUUUUAGUUGAUUUUCUUUUUUUCAUAACAAAUAUCCAAUAUCAAUAACAUUCAUUUUCCAAUUUCCCCCCUCCCUAUUGACUUCCCUCGGCUUCCAUUUCUGGUUUAUUACGUCAGAUGUUACAUUCUGCUGUUUGUAUAAAGUAUUGUGUUGUCACAUUGUUAAAUAAAGUUGUAAGUGUUUAUUUAAAUCCUGCC